GGAGCGCCGCGGGAGGUGACGCCGCCACCUCUCUUCGCUGUUCUCUCGUUGCUGGCGUUUUGCUUUCUCCUCACCCCGAUACCGCCCGUCUUCGGUACUUCUGCCGCCUGUAAGCUUUCACAGCGCCAACCCCGGCUCAGAGAUGGAUUCGUCAGAACGAUCAACAAUUAGAAGUGAACAGAAAUCCAGAAAAUUCUUAAAAAGUCUAGUAAGAAAGCAGCCACAGGACCUGCUUCUUGUAAUUGGAACCGGGGUAAGUGCUGCAGUAGCACCAGGAAUCCCAGCGCUGUGCUCCUGGAGAAGCUGCAUUGAGGCUGUAAUUGAAGCAGCUGAACAGCUGGAGGUGCUUCAUCCGGGAGAUGUUGCUGAAUUUCGCAAAAAAGUAAUCAAAGAUAGAGACCUGCUGGUGGUUGCACAUGAUCUCAUCAGGAAAAUGUCACCACGUACUGGGGACACGAAGCCCAACUUCUUCCAGGAUUGCUUAAUGGAGGUGUUUGAUAAUUUAGAACAGCACAUUCAGAAUCCUGUUGUUCUGCAGUCAAUCCUGAGGCUCAUGGAGAGAGGCACGAUGGUUCUGACUACAAACUAUGAUAAUUUACUUGAAAUAUUUGGUCAGCAACAGGGUAAACCUAUGGAAUCUUUAGACUUGAAAGAUAAGGAUAAGGUUCUUCAGUGGGCAAGAGGCCAUAUAAAAUAUGGAGUUCUUCAUAUUCACGGCUUAUAUACGGAUCCCUGUGGAAUGGUGCUAGAUCCCUCGGGAUAUAAAGAUGUUACUCAAGAUCCUGAAGUCAUGGAAGUUCUCCAAAACUUGUAUCGAACCAAGUCUUUUUUGUUUUUGGGCUGUGGAGAGACUCUGCGAGAUCAGAUAUUCCAAGCGCUUUUUCUUUAUACUCUAAAGAAUAAAGUGGAUUUAGAACAUUAUAUGUUGGUGCUUAAAGAAAACGAAGACCACUUUUUUAAGCUCCAGGCAGAUAUGCUGCUUCACGGAAUAAAAGUCGUAUCCUACGGGGACUGCUUUAAACAAUUCCCAGAGUAUGUAGAAGAUCUGACUGCUCAAAUCUGCAAGCAGAGAAGUCCAGAUGCUGAUCGAGUGGACAGCACAACACCGUUGGGAACUUCAUGUGUGGACUGUGCUAAAAGGAAGUUAGGAGAAAAUGGCACUGACUCCCCUAAGAGACCCAAGCAGUCAGACAAUGGUAUACCCACUAUUUAAUGAAAAAAACCCAAAACCAACGACAAAAAAAACCAACCCAGAAGCUUCUUAACAGUAGGUGGAAGGUUUUGAGCUGAGCAUUUCCAAGGUUUUAAGUGGAAGAAAAAUUGUGCACCUUAGCCUUUUCUCUUCUAGAGCUGUAAAUGUGUAACGUAUGUAAAGCUUGAGAGUUGUUCUAGUCACCUCCAAGCACUUCCACCCUACUGAAACUGUAUCUGCAGGGUCAUUUAGAAGCAGGCGCAACUUUUCUCUGCCUCUGCAUCGAGCCACUUGGAGCGAGCUCCUUACCAAGGUGAAGCCACAACAGAGGUAAUGUUUGAAUCUGUCAGAAAUGACUCUUGGCAGACCUACGACUGUCUGGUAGUUGCCUUCGAAAGCAAGGGGUUUCUAUUAUUUUCUCAUCAACUGAACUGCGGUUGGGCUGCUGGAGGUUGAACUCUUCAGGGGUCUGUCAGCACAAGGCUGCUUGCAAGCUGUUAGGAACAGGAAUUGUUGUUGCACAUUUAUAUAACCCGCAUAGGAUAACCUGCCUAUUUUACACUUUUAGCACGAGGAUUUGUUUUCAUUUGUCAGCCUGUUAAGGCAUGAGAUCACGUGGGGAGAAAAGGAUGUAACACUAAUGUAUCAGCAAGGAUAUACCAUACAUACGUGGGGGCUUAGUGACUUCUUUGUAGCUUAUUUCUAUGGAAAUGUUUUAAAUAUUGUUGUUUAAAUCAGAGUAUGCUGCCAGUUAUCUCAGAAAGCAGAUAAUGGAUACUCUUAGUGCAGCAGAAUUAAAACCAGUUAGUAUCUAAUUAUGUAUCUGCAGACAAUUUCUAGUGUCUGACUUCAUUUGAACUACUCAAAUGAUUGAGCUUAAGCACUGCAUUAACUGUUUUUUUUUUUCUGAGGUGCUGUUACUUCACCUACCACUGAAUUGUCUCAGCACUAAAAUGACGUAAUUCCCGGUCCAGUCGAUAACACUGGUAAUCCGCAGUUUUCCUGUCAGCUGCCUCUCACUUCAGUGGCUGCAGGAGAGCACCUUCAGGACCAUUCUUUGUUCUGAUACUGGCACAUUUGUAUCUGGCAGAUCCUGGAGGGUUGCUUCAGUCAGGUUUCUCUGCUUAUGCUUUGAUUUGUUAGGCCUUCUGAGGUCACGUCAUGCUAUAAUGAGGUUUUACAGGGAGUGGAAGUGAUGGGUCCAUCAGCUGACCUUUCUGUCUGAGUUGUGGUACCUCAGCUCUUUACUCCCACGUCACAAAAUCUUUCCUGACUAACAGCUGCUGAGAUGGGUUGAGUUUUUGUGGUGUGGAAGUCUUUUGUCCCAGUUCUGAAGUAGGUAAAGAUCUGGAGACUUUGCCUAGAAAAGCAAUCUUAAACAAUGCAUGUGCACUCGCUCUUGUUUCUUCUCCCCUAGAAGGAAACACCCAGUCAUCUUUAAUGAUUGACAGUCUGGAAACCAUACUUGGGCUUUAGUAACUGAUAUAACUGCUAAGGACCUCAAAUAUCAGCUCUCAAGGUUUCAGCUGUGUGUUUUAAAAGAUAAAAAAAUCAAAACCAAACCCAGCCUGAACACAGACCAUACCUACCCUCUCCCUUUCAGAGACCAUAUUUAUGCAUACGUCACUCUUGAAAAUUAAGUCUUUUAACAUCAUGUAUAGCAUUAUCUCUAAGACUCUAACCCCUAAAAUUUGCUUCUUUAGUCAGCAUGAAUGGGCUGUUUUGAAAAGUGAUCAGUCAUGCUAUUUUGGAUGCUAAUGAAUCAGCUUAGAACACUUAAAUUGCUGCCUCGAGCUGCAGCAAAAUUAAUCAGCUAUUUCAUCACCCUGAUUACUGCAAUUAUUUAAGCCAACUCUAAAAGCAUGUAACUCCUUAUCUUGUGCCUGAAGUCAGACCUACAUUAGGAAAUUGCAUCCCCUCCCUUUGGUAAGGGUCAACCGAGCAUUGGCGAUUCUUUCGUUUUGUAGACAGACACUGCUGAACUGCAACUUCAGCCUCCCCUGACUCAAAUGCCAUUUAUUUCUAUCCUGAAAAGCAGACGAGUUAAGUAAGGGAUUAUUUUAAUUUCUAAUGUACACAAUAAGAAGGUAGAAAUGCCUGGCUUUGGUUUUGCAUCUGUCCCCACCCCGAAAUCAAAGAAUAUAUUUUAUCCAUCUUAGGGAUGGGACUGUCUUGCAGCUUCCUCAGGGUUUAAUGUACCGUCAAAAAGGACAGAACCUGAAACUUGUCUGUUCUAUUUAUCUGUUAAGUGAAGAAGUAACUCAUUUAAGGCCCUGUUCAAAUUAUUACCCGAGUACCGUGAAAGAAUUAACCACACAAAUUGACAUGUUAAAUGAUGUUUGCAGAUUCUACUGUAGAUGGCUUUUUCUACUUCAUUCAUUUUUUUAAAAGGGGAGUAAGAUAUUUACUGAAAACAAACUUGUUGACCAUUUAUUAUCCUGUUUUGCUCAAGCUGUGUAAUUAAGUUGAUGGGACAUCUCUGAUGAUGGCAUGCACUCUUUUAAUAAAAUAUUUAAAACCAAAUAGACCAUUCUUCUAUAGUAGCUAAAAUAUGUAGCUUUUACCAUUCUUCAGACUGUUCGAUUCUUUACUGUAUUUUUUUAUUUCAACCAACUGUUCCUAGCAAGUGGUUGAAAAAACCAAAACAAACCAAAACAAGACCUCUGUAUUUGCAAUACACAGGCUGCUCUUCUGUUUAUCCUUCACACUCUC